GUCUGGUUCUUCGAUUCACCUCGCCCGAAUUCCACUCUUCCAAGGCACAGCGUGCAGCCUGCCGAGUCGCAAAGCUGCCGCCUCUCUUCGCCCUCUCACCACCCCUUCUUUUCUCACCAACCUCGCCCGCAAUUUGACCCCACAACCACCCCACCAAGACACCUCCGGCGGCGCUGUCACCACCACCAUCUAGCUACCUGCACUAUCCCGACCGCGAGCUCCUCCGCUGGGUGUGUCUAAUCGCUAUGGCGGCGUCCAGCGUACCGGUUAACCCGACCUCCCACAACGUGGCCCAUCUCCUCCCAAAAUUGCACGAUGAGGACCCAGACUUCCGCUUUAUGGCCUUGAACGACCUUCAGGGCAUCCUCCUCGCCGCCCACGCCAAGUUCCUCGACCACGACUAUACUACGAGUGCAAAGACUGUGGACGGGCUGCUCAAUACCCUCAACGAUACCAACGGUGAGGUUCAGAACAUGGCCAUCAAGUGCCUGGGCCCCUUCGUCAACAAGGUCCCCGAGACUAUCCUGUGCCCCAUGAUCGAGAAGCUGUCAAACCUCCAGACGGAUAAUACUGUGGACAACUCGAUUCCCGCGCUCGCCCUGCGAGAGGUUGUGGUUUCGCUGCCAAGACCGGUGCCUGGUGUUCCUCGUGCGAAGUCGGUGCUGGAUGCCUAUACAGCCAUCAGCAAGGUCUUGAUACCGCGUCUGGUGGGAUACAAUGUGUUACACACGUCGCAGAAGCACCUGAGCUCCCCACCCAAGGGCAUGUUGCAAGUGGAUCUAGAAACCGGGACCGACAGCAACGCGAUCGAUGUGCUCACUGAAGUUGCCCGUUGCUUCGGGCCCAUGCUCCAGGAUGCAGAGGUCAACGCCCUACAGAAGAUCACCCUGGAAAUACUGGAGAAUGACCGUGCCGGCUCUGUUUUGAAGAAAAAGUCUGUUAUUGCUAUAUCAACCCUCGCGAGCUACUUCUCGGAUACCCUGCUAAGCAACUUCAUCUCACGUCUGAUUGAAUAUUUGCGAGACUCACAUUUGACUCGGAGCAAGCGAAAGCUCUACAUCACUAUCCUCGGUUCAAUGGCUAGAUCGAUUCCUAGGAAGUUUGGUCCCUACUUGAAGACUCUCGCUCCGUUCGUCCUUAGUGCUUUAAGCGCAGAAGAGCUAGAAGAAGAGAUGGACACAUCUGAUGAUGAAGGCGAUAGGGACCCUGAGGUUGACGAAGUUCGAGAGGCUGCGCUUGUAGCAAUUGAGGGUUUCCUUGCUUCCUGCUCCAACGACAUGCGUUUAUACACAGAUGAAUGCAUUACCUCCGCGUCACGAUUCCUCAAGUACGAUCCAAAUCUCGCCCAGGAUGACGACGACGAUGACAUGGAUGCCGAGGAGGACAAUGAGGAUGCACUCUCAGACGAAGACUUCGAGGAAGAAGGUGGAUUUGACGAUGAAGACGACGCCAGCUGGAAGGUCCGCCGAUGCGCCGCCAAGGUUCUAUACACAAUCAUUGCGACCCGCAGUAACGGCGACUUGCUUGAAGAUGGUACUCUGUAUGACAAGGUUGCACCUGCUCUGAUUGCACGUUUUAGAGAGCGAGAAGAGAACGUUCGGCUAGAAGUUCUUGCAACCCUCUCACGUCUUGUUCGAAACACGGGAAGUGGCCCUGGUUCCGCAUUCGGGUCGGGCGAAGACAAUGGUGCGAUGGGUCCACCUCCUAGCCGUAAGCGGAGACGAGGUGGCAGCGAUGCGAGCAUGUUUGAUGCCCAUGCAAAUUCGUCCCUGUCCUACGGCUACUCAGGGCCUACAGCGGUACCUACAACCGGUCCGUAUGCUAGUCUUGCCAAGCUGAGUCCAGAUAUUGUGCGCGGAGUAUCUCAACUCCUCAAGACCGGACCCCCAGCGACAAAACAAGCCUCAAUCGUACUCCUCAAGGACAUAGUCAUCACUCAGCGAGGAGGCCUACAAGAUUAUCUAGACCAGAUCUUUACACCCGUAGUUGAUGCAGCAAAGGCUUCUGGAUCUGCCUCAUCAAGCGGAGCAUCUUCUGCAGCUGCCCAUGGACUUCGUGUCCAGGCUCUGCAACUCAUUGGAGCCAUCGCCGACACCCAUGCAUCGAAGUCUCUCCAACCUUACUUGUCCAAGACCAUACCGGCUUUGAUCAGCGGUGCACAGGACAAGUAUAGCAAGCUCUCAAUAGAGGCCCUGACAGCCACUGAGAAACUGAUCAUGGCACUCACACCUCCACGAUCCGAUGAGUCAGGAGAACAGAAUCAGCAGUAUCUGGACCAGCUGUACAGUGCCUUAGUCAAUCGUAUUGCUGCCAACGAUGCCGAUCUCGAGGUACGGCAACGAGCUAUUCACGUAUUGGGUCUUCUCCUAGGCCGAAGCUCUGGGACAAAAGGCUUGAUCUCUCCUGAGAAGCGAACAGCUGGAUUAGACUUGCUUGCGGAGCGACUGCGGAAUGAGCUCACGCGACUUGCGUCAGUGCGGGCUAUCGAGACAAUUCUUUCCCUCACCCACGCAGACAAUGAGCUGGCACCCACUUGGGUUCGAAGCGUUGCCUUGGAACUUGGUGCUCAGUUGCGGAAAGCAAGCCGAUCCCUGCGUGGUGCUAGUCUGAGCUCACUGCGAACCCUUGCGCAAAAUCCUGACGCACGAAAACAGCUCGACAAGAAAACGAAGAAGAGCAUUGUCGACCUUUUGCUGCCGCUUUUGAUUAAUACUGAUCUACAUCUCCUUGGCCCCGCGCUUGUGAUAUUAGCGACUUUUGUUAAAGACGAUGCGAGCGCCGUUGUCAACGACGAUCUGAACAAGGCUGUCUGUGCAGUCGUCAUCACCUCUCUCGUCGGGAGCCCACUUGAAGCUCUACUCGCUCUUGUCAAGUCCGUAGGCGAGCAGGGUGCUGGAAAAGCUCUUAUGCAAUCACUAUUAAAAGAUGUCGGCGUGGCAGGAAGCCCCGAGGUCGUCGGCAAAGUCAUUGGAACUCUGCUCGUCUAUGGUGGAAAGACUGUUGGCGUGAGACUUGAAGAUUUCAUUCAAGAGCUACAGACCGCUGCCGACGAGAAGCGGAAGUGCCUCGCAUUGGCUGUGCUUGGAGAAGCGUCUCUCCGUUUGGGUCCCCAGUCUCCCUUGGAACCUGGACUUUUCAUCCAGUACUUCUCUGUCAAGUCGGAUCAAGUGCCACUAGCAGCUGCCGUUGCGCUUGGUCGUGCAGGUGCCGGGAACGUUGAAAAGUACCUGCCUGUCAUUUUGCAGACUAUGGGCCAACCUUCGAGUCCGCAAUACCUGCUCCUGCACUCUGUCAAAGAGAUCCUUCAACAGACAGGCACUGGAAACGCCAUCAUUCCAUUCGCUGGUCUUCUUUGGCAGAACCUCGUUGCAGCUUCUCUAACCGAGGACAACAAGGCCAUUGGCGCGGAGUGCAUUGGUCGUCUUGCCAUCAUCGACCCGAAGACGUAUCUGCCCCAGCUUCAGGCUUUCCUCAGCGAUCGCACAUCAAGUGUUCGCGGCAUGGUCAUAUCUGCACUACGCUACACUCUAGCAGAUACCGACGAGACUUACGAUGACUAUCUUCGACCCAUUGUCGUACCCAUGCUCAUGCAAAUGCUCAGCGAGCCAGAUCUAGAGAACCGACGUUUGGCCCUCACAACCUUCAACUCCGCCAUGCACAACAAGCCCGAGAUCAUCCUCCCAGCAUUAGACCAGCUGCUCCCACUCGCUAUGAAAGAAACAGUAAUCAAGCCAGAACUUGUCCGCGAAGUCCAGAUGGGUCCGUUCAAGCACAAGGUCGACGACGGUCUCGAGAUCCGAAAGAGCGCCUAUGAAACCCUCUACGCGCUCCUCGAAACCGCCUUCUCGCGCCUCAACCCCACCGACCUCGCCGACUGCUUCGACCGCAUCGUCGCGGGCGUCUCGGACGAGCACGACAUCCGCAUCCUCUGCAACCUCAUGCUCACCAAACUCAUCGUACUGGCGCCCGACGCCACUCUCGCGCGCCUCGAGGCCAUCGCCGAGAACUUCCGCAAUGUCCUCGCGACGAAGCUAAAGGAGAACGCGGUUAAGCAGGAGGUCGAGAAGCUGGCCGAGGGCCAGAAGGGUGUGCUGAAGGUGAGUAUUGCGCUGAAUAAGCGGUUUGCGGCGGAUGGGGUCGGCCAGGAGGAUGCGAGGGUGAGGGUGUGGGGGGUGUAUUGGGAGUGGGUGAAGAAGGACUUUCAGGGUUUGCUGAAGGUGGCGGAGGAUGAGUUGAAGGAGAAGGAUCGUUGAGGGAUGGGAUUAGGGGAGUGUGAGUGGCAUUGGGAAGGGUGUGGGUUGGCUUUAGCGUAAGGAUAGGUGAGAGGUAAAAUGGAAUGGUUGCAUCUGUGUUUGGGCGCCUGGGUGUGCAAGUGAUGAGGUGACUGGAUCUGGAAUAGGUGGUUUGAGAAUGGUGGAGUGGGG